GAACCCUUUUCCCCUCUGGGUCACCGUCGGCAUCUCUCUCUCCUCUCCUCCCGCGCUGAAAUCACGACGAUAACGAAAUUUCCGAGCGGCGAUCAACGGCAAGGGGUUUCUAUUGUGGGAUUUGCCCUUGUAUUGGUCACUCCGGCGUUUGCUACAUUCGUCUGCAACUUUCGGCUGUAUUUCUCUCUCAACUGCUCGUCUUUUUUCUUAUCCUUGAAAUCGGUGUUCUAGGGUUGCGUCUUUGCCUGUUUCUAAUUGGUCGUGGUUUUGAGUUUGCUGGGGUGUGUUUUGAGGAGUAAAGGAGGUUAUUCCCGUUCCUGUGGAUUUAUGAGGAAAAUCUUGGUCUCUGUUUGGGGUUUUGAGGGUGGGAUGAUUCUUGAACGAUGAACGAUGCCGGUACUGCGUAGCGGAGUGCGCAGGGGCCGGGCAAAGCAGCAGAAAGACGUGUUGAGUCCGAUCGAACCAGAAGGAGAGGCCAUUGCGACGAGGACAAGGAGGAGGAGGAAGGCUGCGGCGGCGGAAGGACUGGUGCCCAAUACUAACGAGAAGCAGUUGCGAGAAGGAAACGAACAGCAGCCGCCUCCGGUCAAUGAUAAGGUAGCUGCCGUAGUAGCGACUGCGGAAGAACAUCGGGUGCCGAAGGAUUCUUUCCGGGUCAGAGGUGGAGACGAGGUUGGAGUUGGUGAGGUAGGAGGCGCUGCUGGUGGAGCCAAGAAGGAAGAAAUUGGGGAGAAGAAAAUGGAUGAUCACGACAGUGGAGCAGGAAGCAACGAUAAAGCCCACGCCGUUGAAGAGGAGGGAAGCACUGCGCCGCUUCCCGAAAAGAUUCAGGUGGGUGGUUCCCCACUCUACAGGAUAGAUAGAAAGCUGGGUAAAGGUGGAUUUGGACAGGUUUAUGUUGGACGACGUGCCUCCACUGUUAAUACAACUGAGAGAACUGGCCCCAAUGCUGUGGAGGUGGCUUUAAAAUUUGAGCAUAGAAGUAGCAAGGGAUGUAAUUAUGGGCCACCUUAUGAGUGGCAAGUUUACAAUACUCUUGGUGGUAGUCAUGGGGUACCCCGGGUGCACUACAAGGGCAGACAAGGUGACUACUACAUUAUGGUUAUGGAUAUGCUGGGGCCAAGCUUGUGGGAUGUCUGGAAUAAUAACUCUCAUACUAUGUCUGUUGAAAUGGUUGCAUGCAUUGCAAUUGAAGCAAUAUCCAUAUUGGAAAAGAUGCACUCUCGCGGGUACAUUCAUGGUGAUGUCAAACCUGAAAAUUUUCUGCUUGGUCCUUCAGGGACUCCUGAUGAGAAGAAGUUGUUUUUGGUUGAUCUUGGAUUAGCAACUAGAUGGCGUGAUGGAUCUGGCCAGCAUGUCGAAUAUGAUCAAAGACCUGAUGUAUUUAGAGGAACAGUGCGCUAUGCAAGUGUACAUGCUCAUUUGGGGAGAACUGGUAGCCGGAGAGAUGAUCUAGAAUCUCUUGCCUACACCCUAAUUUUUCUCCUUCGUGGUCGUCUGCCUUGGCAAGGAUAUCAGGGGGAGAACAAAGGAUUCCUUGUUUGCAAGAAGAAGAUGGCUACUUCUCCGGAGACUUUAUGUUGCUUUUGUCCGCAGCCCUUCAAACAGUUUGUUGAAUAUGUGGUGAACUUGAAGUUUGAUGAAGAACCUAAUUAUGCAAAAUAUAUUUCACUUUUUGAUGGAAUCAUUGGUCCAAAUCCUGAGAUCAGGCCAAUAAAUACAGAUGGUGCUCAAAAGGUGGGGCAUAAGCGAGGCAGAUUGACUUUGGAGGAAGAAGACGACGAACAACCAAAGAAGAAGGUUCGUAUGGGCAUGCCUGCAACACAAUGGAUCAGUGUUUACAAUGCUCGACGGCCAAUGAAGCAAAGGUAUCAUUAUAAUGUAGCUGACGCAAGGCUAGCUCAGCAUAUUGAGAAAGGGAACGAGGAUGGCUUGUUUAUAAGUAGUGUAGCCUCAUGUCAAAAUUUAUGGGCCUUAAUCAUGGAUGCCGGCACCGGGUUUACAUCACAAGUUUAUGAACUUUCACCCCAUUUUCUUCACAAGGAAUGGAUCAUGGAGCAAUGGGAAAAGAACUAUUACAUCACAGCAGUAGCCGGAGUAAUUACUGGGAGCUCGUUAGUUGUAAUGUCAAAGGGUACCCAGUACUUGCAACAGUCAUACAAAGUCAGUGAUUCUUUUCCUUUCAAAUGGAUUAACAAAAAAUGGAGAGAGGGAUUCUAUGUAACGGCAAUGGCCACCUCAGGAAGUAGGUGGGGUGUCGUUAUGUCGCGCGGUGCGGGAUUUUCUGAUCAGGUGGUUGAAUUGGAUUUCUUAUACCCUAGUGAAGGUAUUCAUCGUCGAUGGGAUUGUGGGUAUCGAAUUACAGCAACUGCAGCAACUGGUGACCAAGCAGCCUUUGUUCUCAGUGUGCCGAGGCGAAAACCUGCUGAUGAAACACAAGAGACCCUCCGAACAUCCGCUUUUCCGAGUACCCAUGUCAAGGAUAAAUGGGCAAAGAACCUUUAUAUUGCAUCCGUAUGUUAUGGAAGAACAGUUUCCUGAGCUUCUGUCUAUCCUAACCACAAAAAAAGAGGCACACGCAAAGACCUUAGUGUUCUAUUCAUGGGGCUAUAGAAAAGCUCUUGAUGAUCUAGUCGAAUUAAAUGUAAUUAAGUAGAUACUAUCUGUUAGAAUGCUUAUGAAGUAUGGCAAAUAUAGAAAAAUUCGCCCCAUUGUUAAUGAUAAUUUUAAGGCUUUCAUCA